AUGGCCGUUGUAAACAUUCGCCGCGAUGUCGAUGACAAGUUCUAUCGCUAUCGCAUGCCCGUCCUUACUACCAAAAUUGAAGGCAAAGGGAAUGGAAUCAAAACUGUCAUCCCCAAUAUGUCGGACGUAGCCCGCGCCCUCAGUCGUCCGCCUACUUAUACCACCAAAUUCUUCGGCUGCGAGCUUGGUGCACAGACCACCUUCGACGAGAAGAAUGAUCGCUACAUCGUCAACGGUGCUCACGACGCUAAUCGCCUCCGAGAGCUCCUUGACGUUUUCAUUGACAAAUUCGUGCUGUGCAAGUCUUGUAAGAACCCAGAGACCGAGCUUGUCAUCCUCAAGGUUGGUCGCACGGAAGACAUCAUCCGUGAUUGCAAGGCCUGCGGAGAGAGAACGGGGGUUGAUAUGCGUCACAAACUGACGACGUUCAUCGUAAAGAAUCCUCCCGUCAAGAUCAAGAAGGGCAAGGGCAAGAACACCGGUGGUGAUGCUGCCGGAGGCGUCGGUGGACAAGGCACUCCUGAUCCGACUGGGGAAGCCGAGACCACGAAUGACGGCAACGAGAGCGAUGACUAUCUCACCAAGAAGAUCAAGGCAGAAGCGGCUGACCUGAACACCGAAUCCACUUUGGCCAAUGACGAAUGGUCUGCCGAUACGUCACCCGAAGCUGUUAAACAGCGCGUGAAAGCUCUUGAGGGUGCCAUGGCAAAUGCUACCCUCGGUGGGGGUGAUGAAGAUGGCAGCGACGACGACGCUAAUAGCCCGUAUGCUAUUCUUGGUCACUGGAUUGAAGAAAACAAGGACGACGAUGCCAAAGCUCGCUCUCUCGCCAUUUACAAAAAGGCAGAAGAGCUUGGUAUUGAAAAGAAGCACAAGGCUGUGACAGUUGUCGUACAGACCCUCUUCACUGCCAACAUCGUGUCUGAGAUCGAGAAAUACGGAGCUUUGUUGACGAAGAUGGUCACUUCAGAGAAGCACCAGAAGGCCCUCCUCGGAGGAGUAGAACGUUUCGUCGGCUUUUCUCAUCCAGACCUCAUUGCUGCUGUGCCCAAGAUCCUCAUGGCUUUCUAUCAGAUUGAUCUCAUUGAUGAAGAUGUAGUCACGCAGUGGGGCACUCAUGUCAGCAAGAAAUAUGUUGAUAAAGAUACUAGCAAGAAGGUUAGGAAGGCUAGUGAGCCGUUCUUGAAGUGGCUCCAAGAAGCUGAUGAUGAUGAUGAUGAUGACGAUGAGUAG